AAUUGUAUGUCGAGUUUCAUGGCUUGAUUUGGGCCAUGACAUCUUUACUUUAAAGUAAUCUUUCCUUUGCUUUAUCGAAAUAGAAAUCAGAUUCUUGAUCUUGUUGGAAGGAAUUACUACUAGUUAACAUGAUUUCUUGUGUUUUCCUAAUAUUCCUUAUCUUGGAGGGCAGAAUUGUCAAUAAAGAUUCAUGAAUGCUUCUUUCUUCCUGUCCCUAUUUCUCUUUAAGAAGAAGAUAAAGGUUACAAAAAAACUGUCUUGUCUUAUUCCUUUCUCUUUUAAAAUAGUAACUCAGGAAACAGAGAUUUGUGGAUAAUAAAUUCAUGUCUUGAGAACAAAUUCUUGUUUGGGAGAUGAGUGAUUAGUUAAUGAAGAGUAUUUUCAUGAGGGUUUUGUUCUGCAAGAUCCACUGUCCUUCAUUCAUAUGUUUCUGCAAACCUUCAACUGCUACUCAUCUUUACAAUUCUGGCCCUUUGAAAUUGGAAAAUUCCCCUCAUGUCCCUCCUUCAUCAGUUGUAAUCGAUCCAUGUGAUCAAAAUCAUGUUGAAGAAGUUAUUGAAGUCAAUAAAGAAAUUUCCGAAGAUGAAAAGCAAGAACCAGAGAUCGAAACUAUUGUUCUCAAAAGUUGUAUGAAGAACAAGUGUGACCCCGAAUCAAGAUCGCCAAUUGAAAGAAAAAAAGUGCAAUGGAUGGAUAGUUUAGGCAAACAACUUGUUGAUAUCAAAGAAUUUGAAUCCAGUGAAACAGGAGAUACAGACAACGAAGACGAUAAUGGAGGUUGCUUUUGCACGAUUCUUUGAUGUUUUAUAACCAUCACCAUGUCGAUAGAAUAAGUAAAGAUCGGCUGUAAGUUCGUCCAUUCAUUUACUCAUUGAAUUGGAGAUAAAGAUCGAGUGUCUUGCAAAGAUCUGAGCUCCAUUUUUAGAUUUCAUUUUCUAAUUUAUUUUCACUCUGGCUCAUUUGCUUUCUGAUGUAAGAAUUUAUGUUAUUAUUAACGAGCUUCUUUAUGUUCUUCAUCUGAUAAUGAAAAUCCCAGUAAAGUUUGUUGCUUUUUUAUCA